CGGUUCGAACCGGUCUCUCAUCUCUAAUAUAUACUAGUCCCGUUUCCCAUUUCAAAUUCAGGUCUGCCUAACCAUCAUCUGUUUAACUCCAAUCAUACAAAGAAGAAAAGAAAAGGAAACCCACGUCAAUGGCUUCCAACAAUGAACAGCAAAAUCAGGCAGGCAGGCACCAAGAAGUUGGCCACAAGAGUCUUCUCCAGAGUGAUGAACUUUACCAGUACAUACUUGAGACUAGUGUGUACCCAACAGAGCCUGAACCCAUGAAGGAGCUCAGGGAGUUAACUGCCAAGCAUCCCUGGAACAUCAUGACUUCAUCAGCUGAUGAAGGGCAGUUCUUGAACAUGCUUUUGAAGCUUAUGAAUGCCAAGAACACAAUGGAAAUUGGUGUCUACACUGGAUAUUCUCUCUUGGCAACUGCUCUUGCUCUUCCUGAUGAUGGAAAGAUCUUGGCCAUGGACAUAAACAGGGAAAACUAUGAGCUGGGUCUGCCUGUUAUCCAGAAAGCUGGUGUGGCACACAAGAUUGAUUUCAAAGAAGGCCCUGCUUUGCCUGUUCUUGACCAAAUGAUUGCAGAAGGGAAGUAUCAUGGAACUUUUGACUUCAUCUUUGUGGACGCUGAUAAAGACAAUUACCUAAACUACCACGAGAGGUUGAUUGAAUUAGUGAAAGUUGGAGGAGUGAUCGGGUACGACAACACCCUAUGGAACGGGUCUGUAGUGGCCCCACCUGAUGCACCCUUAAGGAAGUAUGUCAGGUACUACAGAGACUUUGUGAUGAAGCUCAACAAGGCCCUACCAGCCGAUCCCAGGAUUGAGAUUUGCAUGCUUCCGGUAGGUGAUGGGAUCACUCUCUGCCGUCGGAUCAAGUGAGAUGAUUUAUUUGAUGUUGACCGUUGAUCGGCAAAGCACAAAACGAGUGAUAUGUAUUAACUUUUUUUUUUUUGGGUACUUUUUCUAUUUUAUUCUUCAAUAUUUGCACCAAAAUGAAUGGCGGAUGAUUUGAGAAAUUUAUUAUUCAAUGCAAUCCAAAUUUUACGCAA